UAUGAUUUUCAUUGUAUAGAGAAUAUUGUCGGUCUUGAUGACAAGAGACGUCAUUUGCACCUGUUAACACUGCAAUUACGCUUGCUUGAACUCGAAUUGAGCAAAAUUAACGCUUGCGGGGGUUCCUCGUCCAUUCCUUCGUACCCCUCAACUUCACGUGCCCAGAAUGCUAGCAAUGUUGGUUCUAUCGUCUCCAUUCAGUCGGGAAAUGAAGCUUCCAGAUCUGGGUCUCCACUGCAAAGUGUCUCACCGGCGCCGAAAUUAUUGAAAAGCUCCAAAAGUGUUGAAAGCAACUAUUCUGGAGACUUUGACCGGCAUCCUAAUUUCCUUGGGAAAUCGUUCCUCCUUUCUCUGGCAGAUGCGGCAACUCAAGAAAUUAGCCGAGACUUGGAGGCCUUGGAGCUGGAGACCAGGAAUAUCAACACUUUGCUCCAAGGAAAGAUAGAAGCUUUGAAAACAGAAACUGCUAAUUUGAAAACAAUUAAGGAAACUGCCAAGAAGCUGGACGACCAAUUGAGUUUCAAGAGUGAUCAGCAGUUUUUCAGAUGGCUGUCAAAGUUUUGGCUUGGAGGGACGGAAAGAGAUCUGCGCUAUUUGAAAUUGAAAAUAAAAUCGGACGAGAGACACCAACAGCUGAAAUUACAAUUCAAGAAAAGCGACGCUGACGUUGAUCUUCUGGCGACAAGCAACGCUAAAAUGGAGCAGCAGCUUUUGAACAAUGUAGCGUCAGUGCAGAAACUCUAUGAGGAAAAUACCAAUUUACAGAUGAGGAAUAAACUCUUGAGCGAAUCUGCGGACAGAGUUUUCCAAGAGGUGGACCGUUUGCAAAGGAGCAUUUCCACCAACAGGAAGAAAACCCACGAGAGGGGAGCCAUGAAAUUCUCCCUGGAGCUGAGAAAUCAGAGUUUGGUGAAGCACUUAAUGAACAUUAAUGAUGCAACAGAGUUCAAUGCCAAAAGGUUUGGCCUCAAAUCAAUUCCAGAUAUCGAGUUCGUGUCCCUCUGGAUGAAGUCGCUCAACCUGGAAAGAACCCUGCGACAGGAACUGCAAACCAGCCAGCGGCGCAAAGCCAUGCUUGCUUUUCAAGUGCGGCGAGCCAAAGCCAAGCACGUUAAAUCUCGGCAAGCACAGAUGCUGGGGCCGAGGUGUUCGCCAGUCGACACUCUCUGUUUGAGCACCAAAAGUGAACAAUGCACAUCAACCUCGAACGUGUCAACGCACAGCAGCACGCCUGCCGUGUGAAAUAAAACUAUAACAAACACAGGUAAAAUAUUUUUGUUUC